UGUUCCUAAGCCAAACCUCACUUUUUUGACAUAUGGUGCUAACCUAAAAACCCAAAAUUUCGGAAAUAAAAAUGUCAAUUAAACGCAAAGACGAUAUUAUUCAAGCCGUAGUCGUGGCUGACACUUUCGGUGAUGAAUUUUUACCACUUUCCUGUGACAUUCCUCUGGCACUUUUUCCCCUAAUUAACAAGCCUUUGAUCGAUUACACGUUGGAAUUUUUGUCUCUUGGAGGCAUAGAAGAGACUUUUUUAUUCUGUUGUUCACACACGGACGCCAUAAAAGCCCAUAUAAAUCAAAGUAUCAAAGACAAGGCAGGAUGGAGUCUCACGAUGAAAGUCAAUGUUAUUGUAUCGGAAAGUUGCCACUCGUUUGGGGAUUGUUUGAGGGAUUUGGACAGGAAGGGGAUUUUGCGAGGCAAUUUCGUGCUUUUGGAACCUGGGACUUUAUCCAACAUUAAAUUGCUACCAAUUGUGAAGAAACACAAUGAGACUUCUAACAAGGAUAAGGGGGCUGCCAUGACUCUCAUCUACCAGGAAGCGGGGCGCGACGAAGAAAUCGUCACUGCUGUCAAUAGUAACGGUCGGGUUUUAUUCCACAGAAAAUUGGGGCAAAACAAGGAGAGAAAAGUCGAAUUUCCUCUAGAAAUUUUCUUGGAAAACUCAAGUGUGUCACUACACCACAAUCUCAAAGACACACACAUUGCGAUUUGUUCACCGUCUGUUUUGCCUCUCUUUUCCGACAAUUUCGAUUUUCAAACUAAAGACGAUUUCGUGAGGGGUUUACUAAUGAAUGAGGAGAUUCUCGGAAGUACGGUGUAUUGUCACGUGACUAGAGGGAGCAACUUCGGGGGGGCUAUCACCAACUGGCGCAUGUAUCAAUCAAUUAGUCACGAAUUGGAAAAUAAUUGGUUCUACCCGUUACAGGCCCCAAUUUUGGGCAAAAACGGUGUCGUAACAGGGGAAAAAGUCACACUAAAUGACAACAAAAAAAUUUCGAAUAGUAUUAUAGGAGAUAACGUAACAAUAGGCCAAAACGUACAAAUCGAAAACAGUUUUAUUUUCUCUAACACGAAAAUCGCAAACGACGUUAUAAUCACUCGUAGUAUAAUAGGCCCCCAUUGUCACAUCAAGUCAAAAAGUCGGAUCACCACUAGUGUUAUCGGCCAAGACGUGGUGACCGAAAACGAACAAUUUAUCGAAAACAGUUUGGUCCAAUCAACGCAACCGGAAAAUUGCGAGGAGACGGACAAAUUGGGGAAAAAAGCCUUUAAGUUGAGACUCGAGUCCUCUGCUGAAAUCGGGGACCCCCCUGUGGAGGAAUCCGACGAUGAAGCUUUCACCGACAGCGACGAUGAAGAAUUGAGUUACACGCAAUCCCCCGUCCCGGAUGACACGAAAUUGUUCUUUACUGAAGUGAUAGACAGCUUAACACGAGGUUUUGAAGAUGAAUUACGUUGCGAGAAUUUAAUUCUUGAGAUAAAUUCCUCACGUUAUGCUUAUAACGUCACAGUUAAGGAGGUCAAUUUCAACGUUAUCAAAGCUAUUUUAAUAAUGUCGUUGCGGUUUCCUAUUGGGCCUCAGUAUUUCUCUCAAUUUGUUCGUUUGUUGUCAUUCUUUGCUCCGAUCCUGAAGAAUUACAUACGCAAUGAGGGGGCUAUGUUAGACAGUUUGCAAGCGAUUGAGGAUGUCGCCAUUUCGAACGAAAAUGUUAACGAAAAAUGGGUCAUGUUCACCAUGAAAUGGUUCUAUGAUAAGGAUUUUGUCACCGAAGAUGUGAUAAUGGAGUGGUCGAAGAGUUUAGAUGCGAAAAGUCGGUUCUAUGGACAAGUUAAGCCGUUUAUUGAGUGGUUGGAGGAGGCUGAAGAGGCCUCCUCAUCCGAUGAUGAAUGAAUAUAAAAAAAUAAAAGUUUAAUCACAAAACUGA